GGCUCGGUCAGGCCCCGCCCUGCGCUCGCUCCCGCGGGAAUCCUGGAGCCCAAGGCGGCCCGGGGGCGGUCCGGCGGCGCCGGCGAUGGGGCAUAAAACCGCUGGCUACCUGCCGGGCUGCUCCUGCGCACGCUGCCGUCCCGGGCCCACCGUGCCUCUGCGGCCCGCGUGCCCGGAGUCCCCGCCUGUGUCGCCUCUGUCGCCGCGUCCGUCUCCUGCCAGGCGCGGAGCCCUGCGAGUCGCGGGUGGGCCCCAGGCGCGCUGACAUGGGCUGCCAGGCCAAAGCGCGCUGGGCGGCCGCGGCGCUGGGCGUCGCGGGGCUGCUGUGCGCGGUGCUGGGCGCUGUCAUGAUCGUGAUGGUGCCCUCGCUCAUCAAACAGCAGGUCCUCAAGAACGUGCGCAUCGACCCCAGUAGCCUGUCCUUCAACAUGUGGCGGGAGAUCCCCAUCCCCUUCUAUCUCUCCGUCUACUUCUUCAACGUGAUGAACCCCAGCGAGGUCCUGAACGGCGAGAAGCCGCAGGUGCAGGAGCGCGGGCCUUACGUGUACAGGGAGUUCAGGCACAAGACUAACAUCACCUUCAACAACAACGACACCGUGUCCUUUCUCGAGUACCGCAACUUCCAGUUCCAGCCCUCCAUGUCCCACGGCUCGGAGAGCGACUACAUCGUCAUGCCCAACAUCCUGGUCCUGGGUGCAGCGGUGAUGAUGGAGGACAAGCCCAUGAGCCUGAAAUUCAUCAUGACCUUGGCGUUCAGCACCCUCGGUGAGCGUGCCUUCAUGAACCGCACUGUGGGGGAGAUCAUGUGGGGCUACAGCGACCCGCUCGUGAACCUCAUCAACAAGUACUUUCCCGGCACCUUCCCCUUCAAGGACAAGUUCGGGUUAUUUGCUGAGCUCAACAACUCCAACUCUGGGCUCUUCACGGUGUUCACAGGGGUCCAGAACAUCAGCAGGAUCCACCUUGUGGACAAGUGGAAUGGGCUGAGCAAGGUUGCCUUCUGGCACUCCGAUCAGUGCAACAUGAUCAAUGGAACUUCUGGGCAAAUGUGGCCGCCCUUCAUGACUCCUGAGUCCUCGCUGGAGUUCUACAGCCCCGAGGCCUGCCGGUCCAUGAAGCUCAUGUACAAAGAGCCAGGGGAGUUUGAAGGCAUCCCCACCUACCGCUUCGUGGCCCCCAAAACCCUGUUCGCCAAUGGGUCCACCUACCCACCCAAUGAAGGCUUCUGCCCUUGCCGAGAGUCUGGAAUUCAGAACGUCAGCACCUGCAGGUUCAGUGCCCCCUUGUUUCUCUCCCAUCCUCACUUCCUCUACGCUGACCCGGUCCUGGCUGAAGCGGUGACUGGCCUGCACCCUAACCAGGAGGCACACUCCUUGUUCCUGGACAUCCACCCGGUCACUGGAAUCCCCAUGAACUGCUCUGUGAAACUGCAGCUGAGCCUCUACAUGAAAUCCAUCAAAGGCAUUGGGCAAACUGGGAAGAUUGAGCCGGUGGUCCUGCCGCUGCUCUGGUUUGCAGAGAGUGGGGCCAUGGAAGGGGACACACUGCACACAUUCUACACCCAGCUGGUGUUGCUGCCCAAGGUGAUGCACUAUGCCCAGUACGUGCUCCUGGCACUGGGCUGCAUCCUGCUGCUGGUCCCUGUCAUCUACCAAAUCCGGAGCCAAGCUCCUGAGGACACCGUGAGCCAACCAGGCCUGGCCGCUGGGCCUGACCGGCCCCCCAGCCCCUACACCCCGCUUCUCCUAGAUUCUCCCAGCGGACAGCCCCCCAGCCCCACAGCCUGAGCCUCCCCGCGGCCCGUGCCUGUUAGACACCUGCACACAUGCCCUGGCACAUGCACACACGCGCGUGCAGACAUGUGCAGACACACUCAGGGAUGGAGCUGCUGCUGAAGGGACUCGUAGGGAGAGGUGCGUUGACAAGCACUAUUCUGGAACCUUCUCUCCAUGUGGCCCACAGGCCUGACCAUGGGGGCUGUGGGCACUGCGUCCCCUUCCUUGGUUGAGCCUGGCCUGUCCCGUUCAGCCGCUGGGCCCAGGCUUCCUUCCCUUCAGGGUGACACUGCCACCCCGGUGUGGUGGCUCCCCAUGCAGGUGGGCCAGGCUGGGAGUGCCAGCUUCCUGUGCCAAAUUCAGCACUCAAAUUCAGCACUCAGGCCCUGGCCAGGAGCUUUGGCCUUGGUCCACCUGCCAGGCCAGGUGAAGCACCUUCACACAGGCCUCAGAAAACAACAGGGUGAGCACAAGAUGCCCCACGCAGCUGCCUGGGGGUCCCCACCCACCCUGGCCAGACUUGGAUCUCCCCGAGGUCUGCACAGGCACGGCGUCGGGUGUCUGGCGUUGUUUUCCUCCAGCCUAAACUGACAUCAUCCUAUGGACUGAGCAGACCACUCCGUGGCCGAAGUGGCAGUGGGGCUGUGCCCCCGAGAUGCCCCCACCCCCACACAGGAUCCCUCAGAUUUUACGUGCCCAGGUUGAGGUGGAGAGGCUGGGGGCCCUGCCUGCCGGGCACUCCUGGACCCUGGGGGAAGCCUGUGACCCUUUUCUACUGGAAGAGAAAUGAGUUUUAUCAUCUUUGAAAAAUAAUUCACUAUUGAAGUAAUAAACCUUUAAAAAAACUGGA